UGUUCUGUAGGGCGGGGCUUGUGGUUUCCUUAGAAAGUGUACUGUAGACGAAAUAAUUGUUACAGUACGAAGGCCACGUUUCUUUUAACUCUGCAACAAUCGCAAAUACAAUGUAAUUUCAAUGACAAAGAGCGUUAUUGUAUAAUCUUGACACAGAGGGUGGCGGGAAAAGGCGGUCCACAUCAAAGCGGAACAAGAAAGGCUCGCGAGGCGCUUGCAUUCAUCCUCACUAUCAGUGCAUCUUGUGAUUCUAAAAAGCCUCUUCAUACAAUACCGUCCCUGUUUAUUUAGUUUUUCAUAGUCUAAAUCACCUUUUGCUAACAAAAGGUUAAUUUUAAACAUAUUACAUAGCUCCCGCCAAGCAUGUCAAUGGCCCUCAAGCAAGUCUUCAACAAGGACAGGACAUUCCGCCCCAAACGCAAGUUUGAGCCUGGAACGCAACGCUUUGAGCUCCACAAGAAAGCGCAGGCGUCCCUUAACGCCGGCCUGGACCUGAAGCAAGCGGUUCAGCUGCCCCAUGGCGAGGACCUCAAUGAUUGGGUGGCCGUUCACGUGGUGGACUUCUUUAAUCGCAUCAAUCUCAUCUACGGCACCAUCAGCGACUCCUGCACGGACCAGACCUGUCCGGUUAUGUCUGGGGGUCCUAAGUACGAGUAUCGUUGGCAGGACGAACAAAAGUACAAAAAGCCUACCGCUCUUCCCGCACCAAAGUACAUGAGUCUGCUGAUGGACUGGAUUGAGGUCCAGAUCAACAAUGAACAUAUCUUCCCCACUAAUGUUGGUACGCCAUUCCCCAAGACCUUCAUGCAGGUAGCGAAGAAGAUCUUAUCCCGUUUGUUCCGUGUCUUCGUACAUGUGUACAUCCACCACUUUGACCGCGUGAGCCACAUGGGAGCCGAAGCCCACGUGAACACCUGUUACAAACAUUUCUAUUACUUUGUUACUGAAUUCAACCUCACAGACCACAAAGAACUGGAGCCUCUGAAAGAGAUGACAUCACGGAUGUGCCACUGAAAUGGAGAGCAGCGGUCCCCUUACAUUCCACACAGAUCAGAAGAACCACACAAAUUAACAAUUUAAAAGCAGAUUAUAAAGAAAACAAACUUUUAAAGACUAUAUUUUUAUACACUUUAAAGUACUGUAAUAUUCUAUUUAGUGAGAGACGUCUACAUCUCUGUAUUCUGAUGUGUAUACUGGCAUAGGGAGAAUAUUUUUAUUAGAAAUCAGUAUUAUCGGUCCUUUUUGUUUUUCCAAAUUUAUUCUAAAUCAUUUCUUUUUUUUCUGUUGUACUGCUAUAAUCUAUAACAUACAGAUUAUAUUUGUGACUAUUUAUGUAUGUGGUUGAGAUAUUAAACCCACUCAGUCUCGUCUGUGUAUCUUGUACGUUUUGCUCUUGGUUGUUAUUUGUCUUAGAUGAAAUUUGGAUUUUUGCUAAUUUGGGGGUAAAUAUUCAGACUUCUCUGGAAGUUAUUAAAAUGUGGUAAAUAUAGCUCAUGGUACUAUUCAAUUUAAGAGAUUAAUUUCAGAGUCGUUAUUAAGAAAUAAAAAAAUGGUAGCUUCUGAUUAAACAGAAUGAUUGAACUCAUGUGUUUCAGUGCAUUUUAAUUCAUCUCACCCUGUGGUAUACUGAUUUUUUUAUGUUGUUUUCUAUCCUUUAGUGAAAGACAAUCUUAAUGUAUUUUUUUCUUCUUUUAACUGGUUGUGUUUGUGGUAUCCUGUUAGCCUUUUGAUACCCUGCACUAUUAAAUAAAACAUUGAGAUAAAUGA